AUGACAACCGGUGAUCUUCUCACCAGGUUGCGCUCCGCAAUCAAAGAACCUCAUACCUCCAUCCACAAACUCAACCUCUCUCGAAUCCCCCUGUGUCUACCCCCAUACACCACCGACCCGAGUCUCUACGCCUAUGGCCUCGGUCAAUAUGCAGAGCUCUUCCACGCCAUCGAGUCGGCCUGGAUCGACCUGAUCGGGGAUCCCAUGGACUGGAUGUACCAGGAGUAUUCGACCAAAGUCCAGAAAUCCGAGCUCAACAACACCGCCACCACCACUACCACCACCACCACCACCACCAUCCACCCCAUCAACGACGAGACCAACAAGAGCACCGAGGGGGAAAAUGUAGACGCAAAAGAAGAAUUCCCCUGUAUUCACCACGAGGAUAACACGAUAGAGCCUCCCCUCCGGUCUCCCUCGAAUCUUCAGGACUCUUCCUCCUCCUCCUCCUCCUCCUCUCGCCAUCCAGUCCUCGAUACCCACGAUCACACGCGCAUCCAAAACGUCCUGCGCGCAUUGUACAUGCCGGAACUCAUGCGCACAAAAGCCCUCAAGGACGACCUGCGCUUCCUCAACGCCCUAAACGCUACCACGACCCAGCCCUCUCGUCCUGGAGUUCCAACCACAACUACAACCACAACUUCAAACCCAGACCCUCCUCACGACACCCACACCCGCACCCACCAUCUCACCCACUCAAUCCACCAACGCAUCCAAGCCCACCCGCACCUCCUAAUCGCCUACAUCUGGAUCCUCUACUCUGCCCUGCUUUAUGGCGGCCGCGACAUCCGCACGCUCUUACUCAAAGCCGGGCCUGACUUCUGGGCCCUGUCCGCUGUAGAGCUACCGUUGCCAUCACUCCGAAUCCCCCCGGCGAACAAAUUACCCUGUCCGUUAUCAUUCUGGCAAAUCGGUGGCCCCGAGGCGGACGCAGCCGAGAUCAAGGGCAGGUUUCGCGCGCGAAUGGUGGAUGCGGAGAGGGCGUUGACUGCCCCGGAACAAGAGGCCAUUCUGCAGGAAGCAGUGGGGAUAUUUGGCGUCAUGGAGGAUAUGACCCGGUUUUUGGAUGAGGAUGUAAGAUCUAGGGGAUGA